AGCCAAUCAGAGACACGAAACAUUGCGGAGCAACGCGUGCGUACGUACGGAAACGUCUUGGGUUACGUUACGUAAGUUCCAGAGAGCAGGAAGUGUGAUGUGGCUUUGACUCACAACAAAAAUGUCGGCCAUUUUCAACUUCCAGUCACUGCUAACAGUGAUCCUCCUCCUGAUCUGUACCUGUGCCUACAUCAGGGCGAUGGCUCCCAGCCUGAUAGACAAGAACAAGACUGGGCUUCUAGGAAUUUUCUGGAAGUGUGCCAGAAUAGGUGAGCGGAAGAGUCCCUGGGUGGCUUGCUGUUGUGUCAUCAUGGCUUUUAGUAUACUGUUUCUACAGUAGCCGCCCAAAGUGAAACCGCAAAUGGAAACAUUGGGGAAAUAAACGGACAACAAGGCAUGGACAGUACAAUCCAAGAAGCACAACAGGACCUCCAGUGGUUGUCACUUAGAUAAUGUAAAAACGGAGACCCGUCAUCACUCACUGUAACCACGGAGAGAGAGAGUGUGUGUCUGUGUAGGGGGAGGGGUGGGAGCUGAUAGCACCAAAGUGUGUGUAGAUCCCUCCAUGGACUUCCAGGUCUGUCCUUGUGUUUGCUUAUGUGGAAUGUUUACACCGGAUGUGUGCGUGCGCGGGAAAGGGGGGGGGCAAUCCUUUCUGUUAUCUGCCAUUGAGUUAGAAGGAAAGAAUUCACAUUCUGGCAUCAUCUGUGGGAUCAAAUAAUACAUUGUUUGUCCAGACAUUUCAGAUUUCUUUUCCCCUUUGAUUGUAUCAACGUGUUUUGAAAAUCCCCACAAAGACAGAACUUCAUGAGUGUUCAUAAGUGUUAUGCAAUUCACAUGGAGGCUUAUAAUUGUAAACUGAGUUAUAACAAGGUGUGACUUUAAAUCAUCUCAGCACCUUCUUUGUAUUCUGUGCCCUGUUUGUUGUAUCUGGAAGUGCUGAUCAGACUCCACAGCAGACAAAAUGCUAGUAUAGCUCUUCAAGUGUCUAACUGUCCGACAUAUUUGCCUCACAGAGCUACUGAUGUUUUUGAAGUCAGUCAGUUUGCCGCUAUUUAUUAAAGAACCUUUUUGGAAAUCUGGUCUGAGAAGGUUAAUUGUUGUCAUUUGAACUCAACCAUUUUGAUAAGUGCUUGCUGUUGACACCUGUUUACGUCUGUUGUAUAAAUGCCACACUGUACGAUGAAGGGUCAUUAAUUGACUUCAAACAUGUAAAAUACACGUUGAUGAUACAACCUUU